GAAAAGUAGCAAUUACUGAACAUCGUAGAGAGAAAACUUUACUUUGAAAAAGGACAGCACACAACGAUCCAAAUGGCUGAACAGCACUCCGACCUGGAAAAGGCCAUCAACACUUUGGUCACAAAGUUCCAUGCCGCUGCGGCCAAUAACGGUCCCACGCUCCAAACCAAAGAGUUCAAAAACCUCCUCGCCUCCCAGCUGCCCAACUUAGUCAAGACUGGAGGCUCAGAGCAGGGCCUGGGCAAGAUGAUGAAACAGAUGGGUGUGUCGGACGGCGAGGGAAUCACCUUCAAGCACUUCUGGGGCUUGAUCCAGUCACUGGCCACCACGCAGCAUGAUCUCAUUAGUAAGAAAGUGUCCAAGAGCAGCUGUGUGCUCCUGUAA